CCUGAUAACUUUACCCAACUGGGGAGUUAUUUCCCGCUUCUAAUGGUAUCAUGGCACAUCCCAUCUCAAAACGAAAUUCCAUACAGUCUCAAGGGAGACAACGUAAAAGUAGAUGACGUAAAUUAUUAUUACGAAGAAAUCUGUCGGAACAAUCAGGGAUUAUGUAAUUUCAUCAACAAUCAAAAAGUCACUGCGGACCUAUUUGGAAACAUCGAUGAGGACUCCUUCUACGAUGACAUCCACUUGAACAAUCGAGUUGGUACCAAAAAGUUAGUGACGAACAUCAAGGUACAAGUUGGUCUGAGAAGCGAAGACAAGGAAUCCAAUCGAGAAGGACAACAAGCUAGGAAAUUUAACAGACAAAGAAGACAAAGACCCCCAUGGAAUUCAAGCUAUAAUGAAGCAUUUCCGACACUUCCACCACCUUUCCGAGCACUUGACGCAUUGGCGGAAUAUUUCAAAAGACAGGGGUUUGCGCACCGUCCAAGAUAAGUGCAUAUGUUUAAAUAAUUUAAUUCACAUGUAAUCAGAAAAAGAUUCGUUUUGGUUGUUGGAACUUAAACGGUUUCAACAGUAGGGUUGUGGGAAAUAAGUUAAAAUUUAAUGAUACUUUAAGCACUAUUAAAAGACACGACAUUUUUGGGAUAGUGGAAACGCAUGCAAAUCAAAAUUCCGAUCUCAAAAUAAACAACUAUAAACAUUUUGUAAAACAUAGAGAUUCAACAAGAUACAAAAAAUCGGGGGGUAUAGCCGUGUACAUCAGAGAAAAUAUUUCCAGUGGAGUUAAAUAUAUACCAACAGAUAAUGAAAAUGUCCUAUGGGUUAAAGUGUGUAAAAAUAUUUUCAACUUACAAAAAGACAUUUAUUUAGGAACUGUGUAUCUAAGCCCAGCAAACGGGCGAUGUAAUAAUUAUGAAGAAGACAUUCUAGAAGAACUUGAAUUUGAAAUAUUAAGGCUCUCUCUAAAGGGGGAUGUCAUUAUCCAAGGGGACUUUAAUGCAAGAACGGGUAUUUUGCAAGAAUUUGCUCUGGAUGAUGAACAAAAUGACGAAUUUAUGGGUCUACCAAAAGAUUACCAAAUUGAUAUUCCAAAUAAUAGAAAUUCACAAGACUCUAAGGUGAUUGACAGCCGAGGAAGAAAUUUAAUAGAAAUGUGCACUGCACUCAAUAUGCGAAUUUUGAACGGCAGAGUAGUAGGUGACCUUGAAGGUAAGAAAACCUGCUUUCGAUACAACGGAAGCAGCGUUGUUGAUUACAUAAUUGUAAAUAAUGAAAGUUUAGACAUUGUUGAUUAUUUCAUUGUGAAUCCGCUUGAGCCACACCUGACUGAUCACUGUUCGCUUUCAUGCAGUCUAAACCUGAAAUUUACAUUUAAACAAAAGGAUAAUUCAGAAAACGUACAACUAAGUGAGCUCAAAAGAUUGCGCUGGAAUAACGAGAUCAGUAGCGAGUCAAAGCUAUUGUUCGAGUCCGAAGAAGUGCAAACAAAUUUAAAUGCGGCUUUAAAUAAUAAUUGCGUAGACACAUCAGUAGAUCUUUUUACAGAAACGCUCUUAUCCGCAUGCGAAAACGCAGGACUGCGCUACCAAAACAAUGACAUUAAAGAGAGCAGCGUUAACAAAAUGUGGUUCGACAAGGAAUGUAAAAAUGAAAAAGAAAAUUUACGCUCACUAGGCAAAUUACUUUCAAAGCAGCCUGACCAACGCGAGCUAGGAGCCGUCUUGAAGGAAAAAAAGAAGUCUUUUAAAAAACUCUGUAGGCGGAAAAAGUAUACGCAUUAUAAUAAUAUAGUAAACAGUAUCGAUUUCAGAAACUCUAAAAACACUUGGAAACAAAUAAAUAGGAUUUUCAACAGCAAUACACAUAAACAAUCACAUCAAAUUAGACCCGAAGAAGCUGCUGUUUUUCAUCAGCACUUCGAACAAUUAAACGCGACAAUAGAAUCACAAAAUACAAUGGAAGAAGUAGAAAAAACGCGGGGGAAUACCCAUCUAGCUGGAGUUAUGGUCUGAUAGUACCGAUCCUGAAAAAAGGAGAUCCUAGUAAACCGGAAAAUUUUAGAGGUAUUACCUUACUCUCGUCACUAGGAAAAGUUUUCACAUCCAUAAUGAACAACAUAUUGUACAAUUACCUUGUCGAAAGAAAAAUAAUCAAACCUGAGCAGGGAGGAUUCAGAAAAGAGCAUGGAACAGUGGAUAGUAUUUUCAUCCUAAAAUCUUUGAUUGACAAAUACGUUAAAGCAAAGCCAAAAAAGAAACAAAACUUCCUAUUUACGUGUUAUGUUGAUUUCAGUAAAGCUUUCGACAGAGUACCAAGACACAAACUUUUUGAUAAGCUAGAGCGUUCAGGCGUAACAGGGCGAUUUCUUGAAGUUUUGAAAUCAAUUUACACAAAUGAUAAGUCCUCAGUCAAAAUUAGAAAUCUGUUAACGCCAGCCUUUAGGGUUACAACGGAGUGAAACAGGGAUGUAUGAUUUCCCCGACACUAUUUAAUUUUUAUCUCAGCAGCUUGUCCGAGGAACUAAAUACAGUAAGAAAUUGCAACGAUGUCGAACUCAAUUCACGACCUAUUAGUUGUUUACUUUAUGCCGACGAUUUGGUAAUCGUCUCGAAGACUGCCACGGGGCUACAAAAAUAUUUAGACAAACUAAGCGAAUUUUGUGAUGAAGCAAAACUCACUGUUAAUCUAGAAAAAACUAAGAUAAUGAUAUUUAAUAACUCUGGGAAAACAAUGAACAACUAUCUCUUUAAAUACAGAAACAGUAAAGUUGACAUUGUCAAGUCAUAUAAAUACCUUGGGGUGCAUUUUAGCACCUUUGGGAACUUCAGCCUAGCAAAGCAAGAAAUAAAGAAGGUCGGACUAAAAGCUUUGUAUAAGCUUCGAAAAGAAAUGGGAAACCACUUUAGAGACAAAAUAACUCUAACACUUAGGCUCUUUGAUACCCUUGUAACCCCAAUUCUAUUAUAUAGUAGCGAGGUGUGGGGAACAGACUGCAAUGACAAACUAGAAAAAGACCCCAUUGUAAUAAAAGGUGUUUACUUCAAAAUUCGGUUGUUUUUUGUACAAUAAAGCUCUACAAAAUCAAAUCUACCGAGUGAAAAACUACAACAUAAGACAACGAGGAGCCCUAUCCUCGGGGGGCCCAUAAGAUAAAUAAGGGGCCACAGGGGGCCCAAAACAAAUAAUAUUAUAACAUCUCCCUUCUCAACAAAGUGUUAGGUUAAGUGUUCAAUAAAUGUUCUUAACAAUGUUCAA